CCUCCCUUCUUUUCCGUUUCACCAUGUGCCCUUCCCCCCCCACGAUUGGGACUCGGAGGGAGCGACGUGUGUUAGUCCUUCACAGGAUACCCCAUGAUAGGUGCCGCGACUGCUCGAAUGAAGAGGAGGAGAAGAGUAUUGUGACUCAACACACAGGCCAAGAUGGUCAGUCCAUUCCCUCCCCUCUCCCUUCCUCCCUCGACCAAAUCGGAAUUCUGUAAGGGCAGCCGUCGAGCCCGGCGCCACACCACACGAGCCGGCCGUUGCGUGCACCGCAGCUGUCACGUGAGUUGUGGUGGUUACCAUGUAUCUUGUGUGCUUGUCGGUCAGGCAUUGGGACUGAGGGCCUGGAGUUCGGUGGAUUCGACCUGGAGAGUCCGCGCGUGUUGCAUCGCGGCUUCCAGAGCACAGUAUGUUUGUGCAAGAGCAAGAAGCGGAAGCCUCGCUCCCGCACCCAGUCAGACUACAGCGACCUCCACAAGCACAUGGAAACCCAGCAUCAGCAGCGAGGGGGUGAAGGACAAGGCCAGACGGUCCAAAGCGACGGGGGCUCUAGCAUGGCCAGGGACAGUGGCGGCAGGUCGGGGCAGGGUGCCAUGGUGGGUGACGGUGUGCGCCGCGAGCCUGGCCGGACGCUGCCGGGCAUAUCGGAGAAGGCCAAGUACAGCACCGACAUGGAGGAGGAGGAGGGUGAUGUGUGUGGGAUGGAUAUCUGUGCCGUGUGUGGCGGCCGCGACACGGCGCCCAACCCCUCCCGCAGCCGGCGACACAACUACCUGCACAGCAGCCGCCACAGGGGAGCCGCCUCCAACGAGGACAUCUCACCCUCCAGGCAGCACCAAUCGCACUCUCGGCAAGCUGCUGCUGGGGUGGCACCAGCAGGCCGCCGGCAUAGGCCGCCCAGUGGCGACCUCGGCAACGGGCUGGACGCUCUCCCGGAAGGCGAGGAGACACCGACAUCGACUGCUGAUGUCGAGUCGCCUUGCUGUGUCUGCCCCCACUCCCACGCACACCACCACCCGUCGGCGCCCCCGCCCCUCGAUGUGUCGCCCUCCCGGCGUGAAGUUUCCUCUGCGUCUAGCGUGGAGCGUACGGCGCCCCCCUUUCCCCCUCCCCCCGAUCAGCCGCUGCCGCGUUCUCGGUCUCAGUCGCACAGCAUGAGUCCGGUGCAGCCGUCGUGCACGGCGGGGGAGGUGGGGAGUGACCCCCGGUUCCCGAUGGCGGAUGACUAUGAUGAGGAGAUGGCGCCUGAGCAGGUGGUCCUGAAGGUGGUGGAUAAGCACAAGCUGGGCAGCCGGGAGGAGCUCAUCAGGGCCGAGAGGGAGGUGCAGAUGCUCAGAAGGCUACACCACGACAGGAUAUUGCCGCUACUCAAAUCUCUAGAAACCGACGCGGAAAUCGUAAGAAAGAAAGGACGGAGGGAGGCACUGAGGGACACACACACCCACGCACUGAGGGAGGGAGGGAGGUUGGGUGCGUACACCUGCCUGUAUGUAUAGACAGAGACUCUCCAUGUGUCUGUGUGUGUCUGUGUGGAUGCAGUCGAUGUUGUUUGAGUAUGCGCCGUUGGGUGACCUGCACAAGUUGGCGAGUUAUGGCACGCGUACGGUGCCUGAGCGUGAGGUGCGUAAGCUGUGCCACCAGCUGCUGGAGGCCCUGGUGUACCUCCACCGCCAGCGCAUUGUGCACGCCGACCUCAAACCCGAGAACCUCCUCCUAUUCGAGGACGCUGACAGCGAUACCCUCCAUAUCAAACUCUGCGACUUCGGACUCGCACAACAGAUACCCGGUAUGUGGGGGAGGACACACAUAUACAUACACGUACACACACACACACACACACACACGACAGUCACAGGGUGUGGUCAGCUCAGCCCAGAGCCCCAUGCGUGUCCACCUUGCUCGUGUGUCGGUGUGUGUGCAUACCAUACGCAUGUCUCUGUUCUGUUAUUGGCUGGUGCCGUGUUGUGUUGUGUUGUUGUGUUUGUGUGUGCUGUGCAGCGUCUGGAUGGAUAGCUCAUGACGGCAUUCGCGGGACGCAGGGCUAUCUCGCCCCAGAACUCCUCCUGGUGGGCGGGCGGCACGGCACGGCACGGCACGGCACGGCACGGCACACCCAUCCAUACACAACACAACGAUGGAUGGAUGAAUGGAUGGAUUAAUGACAGACAGAAUCAAGGAAGGAAGGACUCAGUGCGUGCUGUGCCAUCUCAUCUGUUUGUCCGUCUUUGUGUUUGUCUGUCUGUCUGUGUGUCUGCAUACACAUAUAUAUAUAUAUUCAUACAUGUAGGGUCAGAGUUACAACGAGAAGAUCGACAUCUGGGCGCUGGGUAUCAUCGUCUACACCCUCAUCGCGGGAUACGAACCAUUCUACCCAUCCAGCGACUGCCUGCACGUAUGUACAUACAGUACACAUGGGAUGGAUGGAUGGAUGGAUGCCGCACUCACUCACACACACAGACAGACAGCCAGCCAGCCAGCCAGGCAGGCAGGCAGCCAGGCAGGCAGACACUGCGGAUGGGCGGGUAGGGAACGUGUGUGCGUGUGGCAUCCAUGCAUCAUCGAUCAGAGUGAUGUGGAGUUCGAUGAGCGAUACUGGAGUUCAGUCUCGGAUGAGUGCAAGGUAUGUAGGUCCGGCCAGACAGACCUACACAUACAUACAUACAUACGUACAUCCGUACAUACCACACAGACAGCACACAUACAGACAAGGUCUCCAUCCAUGGAGCGCAUUGUCUGUCUGUCUGUCUGCUUUUGUCCCCCCGUCCAAAAGGAUUUCCUUGGUGGUGCGUUGAGCCGUAAUGUGUCCCGUCGUUUGUCUGCCGAGGGCGCUAUAGCGCAUGGUUGGUUUCACUGUGCGGCCAUGGACACGCCGAGCGGCCAUGCCCUCAUGCCCGAGGGGAGCGGCACGGGCGGCACCCGACCCAGCCAGCCGGCACUCAACCCCAACCUCUGGCUGCCACCACAGGGAUGCCACGGACACAGACUCAGGUAGAAAGGGCAAGGGAAGCAAGGAAGGACUAUCUACGGACACGAAAGGAAGAGCCGUCUACACAGACAGACAGACAGACACUAGUGGGGUGGGGCAGGCAGCCAUGCAGGCAGGCAGGGAGUUCUUCGCUCACUCAUUCACGCGCAGGCCCUGCCCUGUCCAUCCAUUCCAUUCAUCCAUCGACUGGCGAGUCAUGUUGGUUGGAUUGUUUGUCGUGUGUGUCCUGGCUGCCUGCAGGUUUGGUUCCUGGGUGGAUGACGACACAUCCAGUGGGGAUAGCCGCGCCAGGAAGGCUGUGAGCUCCAGCUAGCCAGCCGGGACAGGCCAGGCCGGGCCCGCCACACGUGUAUGUACGUCACGUCCACGGAUCCCUGCAUACAUACUGGGAGGGGAGGGGACGCCAGCUGCUUUGCUUACGAGCAAGCCAAGGCGUCUGUGUGUGUAGCUGAGCUGCAUAGCUAGCUCGCCAUCACAGACGGCACGGCCAGCCAACAGACAGACCGACAGAUGAGUGAGGCAGUCAGUCAGUCACGCCGAUUCAUCGAUGUAUGUAUCUAUCUAUCGCACGCACGUCUGCACCGUCAUGCGUUACAUCAUGUGUGCUUAGCUGCGAAACGUGCUAUUUUUCUCCGGCCGGCACCAAGCUAUGAAUGAAUGAAUGAACGAUGGAUGGAUGGAUGGAUGAAGAGAGCCUGGCGAGGGUGCGUGCGGCGCGGCUGGGG